CUCCAGACAAACAACAUGUACCAGUCUGGGGAAGGAUGGCUUUCUGCUGGCAAAAUUUGUACUCUGCAGUAAAACUGUGCUCAGACGACAGGAUGUGGAAUCCAAGAACUGUUGUUUGUCCGGGGCAGCAACCAUGACACAGGGAGAGGAUAAAUAAUGUGCCAACUCUCUGGAGGAAAAUGUCAUAGGCCAAUCCUAAUACACAACAAUGGGAUGAACACCUCAAAAAAACAGGGUAACACAGGUGGUGAUCGGGAAGGAAGAAACGAAGAAGAAAUAUUGGUGCUUGACUUGACUUCAGGGAGAACAUCACUUGUUAACUGAUCAGUAUUCAGCAGAGAGUCACUUGUGGCGAUGGUACCACUGUUUAUAGAAGAUUGAUUGACCUGGCCCCGUCACGUGGAAUUAAAAUAACUAAAAUGAAGAAGUUUAAGCGCCGUUUCUCUCUGUCGGCUCAUCGGACAGAAACUAUUGAAGAGUCACUUGCAGAGUUUCAGGAACAAAUCACCAACCAGAUAAAGAACAAGAGGAAUGAUGGUAUUGCACAUGAGAAUCUUCCGCUGACCUUAAAUGUGCACACGGACCGGAUGACACCUGAGGACGGCCAUUCUCCAAAUCCCCUGCGUUAUAGGAAUCACCGACAGCGCAGGUUCUCGAUGGAGGACUUCAGCAAGAGGCUCUCUCUACCUAUGGAUAUCAGACUACCCGAGGAGUUCCUGCAGAAGCUACAGCUGGAGAGCCCACCUCUUCCCAAGACUCUGAGCAGAACGUCACGGAGAGCUUCCCUGUCGGACAUCGGUUUUGGGAAGCUGGAGACUUAUGUUAAACUGGACAAGCUGGGUGAGGGGACUUAUGCCACAGUGUUUAAGGGUAGAAGCAAAUUAACUGAGAACCUGGUGGCGCUGAAGGAGAUCCGACUGGAACAUGAAGAGGGAGCUCCAUGCACUGCAAUACGAGAAGUUUCAUUGCUGAAGAAUCUGAAACAUGCAAACAUCGUCACUCUGCAUGACAUCAUUCACACUGACCGCUCACUCACCCUCGUUUUUGAGUACCUGGACAGUGACCUGAAACAAUACAUGGACAUCUGUGGGAAUAUCAUGAGCAUGCACAAUGUCAAGAUAUUCAUGUUCCAACUGUUGAGGGGCUUGGCUUAUUGCCACAAACGCAAGGUUCUACAUCGAGACCUGAAGCCACAGAACCUGCUCAUUAAUGAACGAGGAGAAUUAAAACUAGCAGAUUUCGGUCUGGCUAGAGCCAAAUCUGUUCCUACAAAAACCUAUUCAAAUGAAGUGGUAACGUUAUGGUACCGACCCCCAGAUGUCCUCAUGGGCUCCACAGAAUACUCGACACAGAUUGACAUGUGGGGAGUUGGUUGUAUUCUAUAUGAAAUGGCUGCUGGAAGGCCUCUGUUUCCUGGCUCCACAGUGAAGGAAGAAUUGCACUUAAUUUUCAGGCUUUUAGGUACGCCAGGAGAAGACACAUGGCCAGGAAUAACAUCCAAUGAAGAAUUCAAGGCUUAUAAUUUUCCUUACUACCGACAACAACCAAUGAUACACCAUGUUCCCAGGUUGGAUGCUGAGGGUCUAGAUCUUUUUGCAAACCUUUUACUGUAUGAGGCCAAGAAGAGGAUUUCAGCUGAGGACGCUCUUCAACAUCUUUAUUUCAAGAACUUGGGAGAAAGAGUGCACUUUCUACCAGACACUAUUAGUAUUUUCACAUUGAAAGAAAUCCAAUUGCAGAAGGAUCCUGGUUAUCGAGGGUCUUCAUAUCCCCAAUUCGCCCGGGGAAAGAAUCGAAGACAAAGUGUUUUAUUCUAGUUGGAGCCAUGCUUCUGCCUCGCCCCCACAUUACAAAAGAACACCAGCUCCCGGUCGCUUUGCAGUAGGGGGAUGUGUGGAGUUGAAGGUGGGGGCUUCACUCUGCAGCAUGGAACGGGACCAGGUGAGGCUCUGACAGUAAUUCAAGAUGAUGCCUGUGUGAGAUCAGCAUCCUUCAACUGUGAUCUUAUACAUCAUCUCAAAUCAGAACAGAAAGACUCAGAGCCUCAGGCUUGUUCUGCACUUCAAUUAGAUUCUAACUCCAUGAAUUCACCUUGGCACCAAAUGUUGAAUCUCCACGAAAGUUGUUUGGAUUAAAUCCUAAUGCUACUAACUGGCUUCUUUACCCGCGUGCCCAGUAACUGUGCCCACAACUGUGCCAAUUACCACAUUUCAUCAUGAUGAGGUAUCCAUUGCUAGUCUCCAGUAUUGCAUCCCAGUACAGCAGUUUUGUGCUGAAGCUGUCUCCCCAUCAGUUUAGGGCUAUCUAGCUUUGACAUCCAACAGCUAAUGUUGCCCCCACCUCUGUUCCUCACUUUUGCAGAGAUUAAAGAAUUUUGCUGAUAGGUUUCCUCAACACUGCACAUCCAAAGCAUCCUCACUGCUUUAUCCAGUGGGUUCACGGGGCAUUACCUUGUUGCAGGUUUAAGGGGGCAAGUGUCACAGUGGUCCAGGAGAACAGGUUCAAACAGGCCCUGGUGGGUAAGCUGUCUGGACACCUCAGGGUUUAUUGCAGGCACAGAGGGCAAGGGUGAUAACAGACUUAAUAGGCACAGAUUCAUGGCAAGUCCAAGGGACACGGCCGCUUUAGGACCAUGAGAACACAACUAGUAUGAGUUUGCUUCCUUCUUUCCUUCCUUGUCUCCCUUUUUCAGUCCCUCCGUCCUUUUUUUAUCCCUUCUUUUCCUUUCUUCCCUCCCUUUCUCCUUCCUUCCUUCAUUCCUUCCUAUUUUUAAUUCCUUCCGAUCUUUCUCCCUCCCUUCCAUUUCUUCCUCUAUUCAUAUCUUCAUUUCCUUCCAGCUCUCUGAUGGGAUAACCGAGUGAUCAGCCAAGCACAUUUACAAAUACACAAACAAGGAACAAGAGUAGGCCACUCGUCUCAGUUCUGAGGAAGGGUCACCGGCCCCGAAACGUUAACUCUGUUUUCCCCACCACAGAUGCUGCCAGACCUGCUGAGCUUUUCCAGCAACUUUGUUUUUGUGACUUUUGUGACCACCUUGCAUCCCCUUGGUAACGAAGAACAUAUCUGUCUCUACCUUACAAGUGUUUAUAGACUCUGUAUUCACCACCUUUUGAAGAAGUGAAUUCCAAAGACACUCAACCCUGUGAGAGAAAAAAAAAUUCUGGUCUCUGUCUUGAAUGGGCGACCCCUUAUUUUUAAACAGUGACCCUUGUUCUAGAUUCUCUCUCAACAGGAAACAUCCUUUCUACAUCUACCCGGUCAAGUCCCUUCAGGGUCUUGUUCAUUUUAACUAAGCCACCUCUGACUCUUCUAACUGCACAAGAUACAGGCCUGACCUUUCCUCAUGGGGAAUCUGCUCAUUCUAGGUGUUAAUUUAGUGAACCUUCUCUGAACUGCGUCCAGAUUAUUCACAUCCUUCCAUAAGUACAGUGACCAGUACUGUACACAGUAGUCCAGAUGCAGUCUCACCAAUUACCCUGUAUAACUGAAGCAUUUGGCAUGGUCAUGCUUAUUUCCUGGCCUAUCAUUCAUGUCGUCACAGUGAAAAGGUGGCACUGGAAAUAUGAGCCAGUCUGUACAGCCCAAAACUAUAAUGACUCCCCUGGGAGAGCACAGCAACAUGGGUAGGUGGUUUGGGUCCUUGGCUGGGUCCUGAAGGAGAGGUAUAUGGAGUCAAACAGCUGUACAGUACGGAAGUAGACCUUUCAGUCCAAUUUGUCCAUACCGAGCAGAUAUCUUGAAUUAAUCUAGUCCCAUCUGUCAGCAUUUGACACAUAUCCCUUUAAACCCUUCCUAUUCAUGUAUCCAUCCAUUUAAAUGUUGUAAUUGUACCAGCCUCCACCACUUCCUCUGGGAAGCUCAUUCCAUGCAUGCACCAUCUUCUGUGUGACAAAACGUGCCUCUUAGGUCCCUUUUAUGUCUUUGCUCUCGCACCUUAAAUCUAUGCUCUCUGGUUUUGAACUCCUCUACACUGGGAAAAAGGCCUUGGCUAUUCACCCUAUCCAUGGCCCUCACAGUUUUAUAAAUCUCUACAAGGUCACCCCUCAGCCUCUAACACUCUGGAGAAAACAGCCCCAGCCUAUUCCACCUCUCCCUACAGCUCAAACCGUCCAACCCUGACAACAUCCUUGUAAAUCUUUUCCAAACCCUUUCAUGUUUCACAACUUCUCUCCUAGAUGGCAGGGAGACCAGAAUUGAACGCAGUAUUCCAAACGUAGCCGAACCAAUGUCUUGUACAGCCACUAUAUGACCUCCCUACUCCUAUAUUCAAUGCACUGACCAAUAAAGGCAAGCAUGCCAAAUUCCUUCUUCACCAUCCUGUCCACUUGCUUGAAAGACUGAAAUGGGAGAAUGGAACCAAGGAAAGAAAGAUAUUUUUCCAUCAGUCAAACUACCUGUAUGCUCCAUUUCACUUGUGAUUCACCUGACUUUGAGCACAGAAAUUUCAAUGUUACUAAGAGGACAAAUAUUGUUUAAUCUGGAAGUGCACCGUCGAUCGCUAAUCCGUGCUGACAUGUACCGGUGUUAAAUUUCAGAAUGCUAAACAACGUUGAUAGCUUUUUUUUUAAAGCCUAUGUGUUCUUGGGUAAGAAUGUCCUGAAUUGAAGCGUGCUCUUGAUCUGUAUCCAUUUGAUUUAAGAUAACUCACUGUUUUCCACUUUUCAAACUUGUUUCUGGAAAAAUAUUGGAAGAGAGUCAGAAUGUCAAACAAAAAUAGUGAAAGCAAUGUCCUGCAAAUAGCAUUGUUAAACUCAAGUUAGAUCCAGUCUGUGCCCUUGCAAGAGACAUACUGUGCUUUUCAGCCUUUGUAUCGUAGAAAAUUUCGGGAGACUCUCCUUUGAAUGGGAUAUGAAAAAGAGGCUCCUUUGGCCCUCUCACACAGAUCCAAGGACGUUCUUUUGAAGAAGAGCAGAGGAAUUAGUCCUGGCAUCCUCAGGCCAACAACAUUGCUUUCAAAAAGAAAAUGAGCAGAUUUGCUUGCUAUUACAUUGCUGUUAGUAAAACUUUAUGUUGGAAAAUGGCUGCUGCAAUUUCCCAUAUUGCAAAAGUGACUGCACUUAGAACAUAUAUAAUGGGCUGUGACAUGUCUUGGGAUGUCUUACAGUAGAGAACAGCACUAAAUAAAUGCCAAGUGUCUUUA